CUAAUUCUAGGCGUGAAGGUUUAUUUGAAUUCCGAAGGGUUUUCUUUGCUGUCUUUCGCAAUAUUUUGUCAUAAAACUUGCUUUCAUAUUCACUUCUAUUCAAACUCGAGUUAUUCUCUUCAAACCAACAUACAGAAUUAUUUUUCGGAAAUCCAGAUUAGCUGAAGAUGACUUCUGGCCUGAAUAAAUUUCUUUUGAUCGUGGUGGUUUGCGCAGUUGUGAAUUUAGCAAAGCCAGAUGAAGAGACAACAACUACUGCUUCAACUAGCACUGCUGAUUCUUCGGGUAAAACAAUGGAUAUUUCAGAAAGAACCUCAGAUUCUUCAACCAGUGCGAAAGUAAGCGAUCCUACUACAACUACACAGACUAGUAGCACCCUGAAAGAUGAGGGUACAGAAUAUGAUGAAGAAACAGCAGCCCUUGUCUUUAUGGAAAAAAUCAUGGAAUCAUUUGUCAAAGAUAUAUUUGGUUGAUAAAAGCGAAAAAUAUUACAAAACCAUUUUUAAUAAAGCGUUUUAGUAUUAGA